CGAUGCAAAUAAUCAAACAGCUUUUAAAGAAGAAGAGUUACAAAAGAAGAGCAUCUUAAUUCUUACGUUUUUGUUUAUUUUCUCUCAACUAAACAACAUUCUGUUUUGGAAUUCCCGAAGCCGGUGUUUCCUGCCGCAGUUUUCUUGCUGAUAUUUUUCCAUCCUAAAGGAAUGCCAAGGGAACUGACUCAAAACAGGAUCCAAAAAAUCUGGAUUCCCUCUAAGGAUGACAAACCUUCAAUGCCCCGCAUACCACAUGGAGGCCCCCACCUGGCAAACCCUCCAACGGUGAUAGUGAUGGUCGGGCUUCCUGCACGGGGCAAAACCUACAUCUCAAGGAAACUCACACGCUACCUCAACUGGAUUGGUAUUCCCACAAAAGUCUUUAACGUUGGCGAGUAUCGUCGAGAAGCGGUGAAACACUUCAGCUCCUACGACUUCUUCAAAUCAGACAAUGAGGAUGCUGUAAAAAUUCGACAGCAGUGUGCUUUGGCCGCUCUGAGAGAUGUCAAGAUUUAUCUCACUGAAGAGGAAGGUCAAGUGGCUGUUUUUGAUGCUACAAACACAACCAGAGAGCGGCGGGAUAUAAUCCUGGAGUUUGGUGCCAAAAAUGGCUUCAAGAUUUUCUUCAUUGAGUCUGUUUGUGAGGACCCAAAUGUAAUCGCCUGUAAUAUUUUGGAAGUGAAGGUGUCAUGUCCUGACUACCAAGAUUGCAACAAGACGGAUGCCGUGGAGGACUUUAAGAAAAGAAUUGAAUGUUACAGAGUGAACUAUCAACCGCUUGACCCUGACCAAUAUGACAGGAAUUUGUCUUUCAUCAAAGUGAUAGACGUCGGUCGCAGAUUCCUGGUCAACCGUAUUCAAGACCACAUCCAGAGUCGGAUCGUCUACUACCUGAUGAACAUCCACGUGCAGCCGCGGUCUAUUUAUUUGUGCCGUCACGGUGAGAGCCAACACAACUUGCAGGGCCGACUGGGCGGAGACUCUGGGCUGUCUACACGUGGACGAAAGUUUGCAGGAGCUCUUGCUAACUUUGUGGAGGAGCAGAACUUGAAGGACUUGAAGGUUUGGACGAGCCAUCUGCGUCGUAGUAUCCAAACCGCCGAGGCCCUCAAUGUGCCGUACGAGCAAUGGAAAGGCCUGAAUGAGAUUGAUGCAGGUAUGUGUGAGGAGAUGACCUAUGAAGAAGUAAGGGAGAGAUUUCCAGAAGAGUUUGCUCUGAGAGAUCAGGACAAAUACUACUACCGCUACCCUUCCGGAGAGUCAUAUCAGGACUUGGUUCAGCGGGUUGAACCAUUGAUCAUGGAACUGGAACGACAGGAGAACGUUCUUGUCAUCUGUCACCAGGCUGUGAUGCGCUGCCUACUCGCCUACUUCCUGGAUAAAAGUGCAGAUGAGAUGCCAUACCUGAAGUGUCCACUCCACACAAUCCUGAAGCUGACCCCAGUGGCUUAUGGGUGCAAGGUUGAAUCUAUCUCUCUGAAUGUGGAGGCAGUGAACACGCAUAGAGACAGACCAGAGGAGGUGAAGAGAGGCCCGAGCACUCUGAUAAGGAGAAACAGUGUGACCCCUCUCACCAGCCCUGAACCCAAUAAAAAGCCUCGCAUUGAGGGUCUAGAUGACCCGACCAUCAGAGAAGUGACGCCCGCCCAGCUGACCCUGUGUUCAACAUCACACACCACACUCGCUCUGUCCACACAGCACUGGCUUAGUGAAGCUUGUCUAACCUGAAAAAAUGCUCUAUGGAGUGCCACGAACCCCCUCAGCUCUGCCUGUGACAUUGUUCGGCUAUAUGGCUUUACUCAACGCGGACGAGUUUCCUGCCAAGCUGCUUCCUCUUUUCCUCUCACAGAGGAGUGUGCAUCCUUCUCCCAAAAAAAUGGACACUGAGUGCCACCUGGGUUUUUCUAUUCGUCUAUGAAUUCAUGAUUAAUGUACGUAUUGUUUGGUUUGUACCAGUAUGGAGAUUGAUGUUUUCUCUGUGUGUUUUGUGUAUGAAGAGAAAUCAGAGCCCAGUGGCAGGGAUUAAACAUUCGGCUAAGUGAUGUUGUCAACCACCCCCACAUUUUUGGACACUAUUCCCUGUUUACAUAACAGGAUACCACUUGUAGAUGUUUUUAUUCUAGUCUCGGCUAGUUUUUUUUUUAACACUGACGGUAAGAAUAUGCCCUGAACUUUGAAGGAUGACACUAAAACAGACCAAAGAUCUCCUGCAGAUGCUUGCGGGCUGAUUUAUGUCUAUUCUGCACUCACUUUCAAAGAUAUGCUGCAAAUUAAUUGCACAUUAUAAUUGCACAUUUAGAUUAUUUGCAUCUUCUGAGUGCAACAAUGAAUCUUACCAUUUUUUUAUGCUGCUCAGUUUUGAAGGCUGUUUAAAAGUUCUCAUGUUGUCCACUGCAGUUUCAGAUGAUUUGUGUUAUGGAUUGUGAGUGUUUUUUUGUGUGUUUCGCGACAAGGUCACUGUGCGAGGUUAUAAAAACAGGGUGUUUUAUG